UAUUCUGCCGAUUUGUGUUUCAGUGCACAUGUCCAUCGAUUUUCGUGGAAAUUAGGAAAAGUAAAGUAAAUUCCCUUCUAAAAUGGGCGCUAUAGCAAGUAGAUAUCGUGUAUCGAACACAGGACUCACUAGCGUCGAUGUGCAAAAUAUAGAAAAUGCUAACAAGCGCGAAAAUCCCGGAACGUUGGAUGAAUUGCACAAAAAGACCAAAGAAGUAAUGCCAGUCAACUUUGAGGGAGGCAAGCUCAUGGUGAACAAAGGGAUUUCUAAUCAUUUUCAGAUGUCCCACACUUUGACAAUGAGCUCAAUGCAGAAUGGCUAUAAAUUGGGUGCAACGUACAUUGGAACAAAGCAGAUCUCUCCCACCGAAGCAUUUCCUGUUGUCUUGGGUGAUAUAGACCCAGCUGGAAACGUCAAUUUCAAUCUUAUACACCAGCUAACACCUGAAAUAAGAUUAAAAGGAGCGGCUCAGGUCCAGGAAUGCAAGCUAACAGCCACACAGGGUACGUUGGAAUACAAAGGUCCCGAUUAUACCUUGGCCCUCGCAGCUGGAAAGCCAGACUGCAGUGAAAAAUCGUCAGUGUUUGUAGGACAUUACCUUCAGUCGGUGACCCGUCGGCUGGCGCUGGGAGCAGAGCUCGUGUAUCAGUCCAGUUCGCGUAUCGCGGGCGGCGAGAUAGCUAUUGCCUCAGCGGCAGCGAGAUACACCAUGGAUGAUUCUGAAUUAUCAGCAACAUUGGGAGCGGCCAGCUUCCAUGUGUGCUACUUCAAACAAGCCAGUGAACAGUUACAGGUUGUAGCUGAAAUAGACACAUCAUUCAGAGGAAUGGAAUCAGUUGGUACAGUUGGUUACCAAGUCACCAUACCAAAAGCUGACCUGGUCUUCAGAGGUAUGGUAGAUUCUAACUGGAAUAUAGGAGCUGUAUUAGAAAAGAAACUGCAGCUGUUGCCAUUUACAUUUGCGCUGUCCGGUAUGGCGAACCAGGCGAAACAGCAAUUCAAGUUUGGUUGUGGACUCAUCAUCGGUUAACAUAUAAUAAUUUGUGAAUGUGAUGUGUUCUGUGUUUAGUGAUGCAGUGGUACCUCAAGAUUUUCAAAUGUUAUGUAAGUAACCGCUACCGAUGUUAAACAGACAUUAUGACAAUAUAGCACUGUUGGUUUAAACUUCUCCUGAAAUAUAGUAUAUUAUUGUAUAAAGGCAGGCAGUCUAUGAACGAGAUACAUACAGAAAUAUACUGAAAUAUGAGGAUAAUGUUAGAAGAUAAUAAACCAUCCAUUAUGGUGUCUGCGAGCUCAUGAAUGUAUAUUUAAAUAAUUACACGCCGAGUUGGCUCAUUUGGCCCCACCAUAUAUCUAUAUGGAGAUCCAUAAAACCA